AUGGCUGAUCCGGAGGCUGCAUCGUCGAGCAGCGAGCCUUCAGAAAUUCAAGAAAAUGACGAAAAAACGGAAGAAUUUGGCGAACCCGAGAAAAAACGACAAAAGCUAAUGAAAUUGGGAGACGGAAAAGCUGACAAAUUGGAGCAUAGGUUGGGAGGUAUUUUAUGUUGUGCCGUUUGUUUGGAUCUACCUCGAGCAGCUGUCUACCAGUGUACCAAUGGUCAUUUGAUGUGUGCUGGAUGCUUUACACAUUUGCUGGCUGAUGCGCGAUUGAGGGAUGAAAUUGCUACAUGUCCGAAUUGUAGGAUCGAAAUAAGUAAAACUUCAGCAUCAAGAAAUUUGGCAGUUGAAAAAGCCGUGAGUGAGUUGCCAUCGGAAUGCCAGUUCUGUGGCAAGGAGUUUCCGAGAAACACUUUGGAGCGGCACGAAGAAGUGCUGUGCGAUGAAAGAAUCGCCAAUUGUAAGUACAGUCGGAUAGGGUGCCCGUGGCGCGGCCCGUUCCACGAAGGCGGCGAACACGAGAAGGUUUGCGCCCACCCGCACCGCUCGGGUGCUGAGGUCAUGGACGCGUUACAGGUUAUCGAUCUUAAAUCCAUCGAAGAAAAAAGACUGUACGAUUGUGUUUUUGAACUUCUGUCGUAUGAGAAAAUUACUUUUAAUGAUCUACAGAUGAAGCCUUAUCGCACAGAUGAAUUUGUCCAUAAGCUUUUCUACGAAACCAGUAGAUUUAGCGCUUUUAAUAAUCAAUGGGUAGUUAAAGCAAGAAUUAAUAAUAGUCAGAGAGAUCCAACUCAAAGCUCUGAAAGAGAUAUGACCUAUCAGUUAAUUUUGAAAACCAAGACAACUUUCCCUUUGAAUCUUCAUUACUUGAUACUACGAGGUCCAUUUGGUGAUAUGAAGGUUGAUCCAAAGAUAUACAAAUUUGAGUUUACUGAUCAGGAAAAUGAAAGCCCAUAUGUCUGCCUUCCUCUGCCUGAUACAGCAGAAUGCAACAGACUUUUGGCAGCUAAGGCAAUUAAUUUCCGGUUGAUCAUGUUUCUCAUGUCAAAAUAA